ACAGACCUGCCCUGCCCAGACCUCCUAAAGAAGCGUGUGUGUGACGUGCGUUGGGAGGUUCGAGACUCCACUCUGGAGUUCCUCGGCCAGCUGUGUGAGGCGUUAAGCUGCACCGUCACUCCUAUCCUGCUGGAGGCGCUGUGUGAUCAGGAGAGCUACGUGAGGGCUAGUGCCAUCUCUGCCCUGGCCAGGACACUACCGCUCAGUGACCAGCAGGGGGAGCCAGGGAACCAGACACAGGAACAGACCCUGGGUCAGUUACUAGACAUCCUGUCUCAGGAUUCAGAGGGCUUCCCCAGACGUGCUGUGGUCCAGUACUUCAUCAGCUGGCUAAAGACACACCCAUCAUCUUCCUCCUCCUCCUCCUCCUCGCUGUGUUCUGUCCUAUCGCUGGGCAGCACUGAUCUGGACUGGGAGGUCAAAGUUCACACCCUGGAGCUGGUUGAGCUCCUAAUGGAGGAACACUACCAGGUCACCAGGAGUCAGAGCUGGGGUCAACUCCUCCCCUUACGGUGGCUCUGGAGGGACAAACCUACUAACACACACUGACCUCACACAUCCCUACGCUGUGACGCCAAGCCAGCCCUCACCCCUUCUAACACACACCCCAACUGACACACACACCCCCCUCACACACACACACCCAACUACAUCUGUAGUGUGUGGUCUGUCUCGGUUGGUGGAGCUCGGUGUUAUAACAGCGUUAUUCAAUGGCCUGUUUGAUUGCGACAGACCUGUAGCUUUAAAAGCCUGUAGUCUGUUGCUACGACUACGAGACGCGGUGUGUCCGUCCCGGUCGCUAGGGAAAGGUGCCAUGACAACUGACGACACAACAGUUGCCAAGGUGACUUUUGAUCUGAGGGGUCAGGUUUGGGAGCGGGAGGUAACGAGGAAGUUACAGGAGAAGAGAGGAUCUGAUUGGGUUAAAGAGUCCAGGGAAGUAGGUUGUGAUAGGCCGAACAAGAACAGAGAUUCUGAUAGGACAGACGGGGCUGGUUCCGAAGCCUGCGAUAGGUCGACGGGGAAGAGUGUGUGUGAGGGUAGUGCGAGGGUGUGAGGUGCUGUGGUCGUUGGGUCUAGAGGAGAGGCAGAGUGUGUUAUCACAGAGUAGUGACCAUGUCCAGAACUCACCCCUCUCUACUGGAGGACAUUCUGAACGCUACAGACACCUCACACACUGACGAGGUUAUAGUAGACUGUUACUGACACCUCACACACUGACGAGGUUAUAGUAGACUGUUACUGACACACGCCCUGAUGGACGAACACAGUUUAAUUUGUGAUGAUUGUUUCUCCUCUGUACGUUGACUAGUGACUGUAGUUAGAGUCCCAUUGGGACAUAACUGUUGAUCAUCUCCCAGGAAAAUAAAUAAAGAUACUGUUUUGAUAUUUCAAA